CUCCUACCUUCUCUCCUCCCUCCUAAACUCUAAAAGCACGAUGAUCUUUCUUCUCUCACUCCUUCUGAUCUCCCAUUUCCUGUGGAGGCUGAUAUGUUCGAACGACAACUGGUGUUUACACACACUCCUGCAAAAAGACGGCAGAGAGAGACGGAGAGGAAGAGAGAAGGGCCCCUUUGAUAGUGAUGACUGGGGCCGUGGAUGCGGGGGGAAUAUUCAGUUUGACGAGGACCAGAGCCGCUGUCAUCUCUGCCCAGUAGGUCACAAGAACUGUGGAGGAGGGAUACUGGGAGGCCGGCCAGCCGCUGACACACUCACACACACACAGUCAGAUGGAAACUUCUGUUGCACGCUGGUGACACAAGUUCAAGGAAGAUCCUCCCCGCUCAUCGUACAUCCGAUGAGCAGCUCCGUCUGGAAGAAACAUCCUGAGGAGAUCUUUUUUUGCAUCGGGAUGCUCCCCUCAGAGAUCACUCUGCUUCCCAGCUUUCCUCAAACCUUCGGUUAACCGGGAGCUCCCUCAGCUGGGAUGUCUGAACAGAGUCUGGACGCGUGUUGAUCCUUUGGUCUUUACAUAACAGUGAGAUACAGCCGGCCUGGAUAUCUGGAAAUCCCCUUAUGGAGCGCUGCAUGUGUGAUCAGGGUUUAAAGUGGGUCGGGGGGGUAAGCCGGGACAAGUGUUAGCGAUGCCGUUGAUGGAGGCGACUGGGCUCCACCAGCCCCGCCACAGGCAGGUAUGACCCAAAGCCCCAACCCCUCCUGGAGCUCUCUGGACAGAGGUACUGCGGACUGGUUCGGGGUGAGCAAGGACGGCGACAGCACCCAGCGAUGGAGGAGGAAGAGCCUGCAGCACUGCAGCCACCUGUACGGGGGUCUGAAGGCACAGGUGAUGAGGGAGAUGGAGCUGCACAGCCAAGACAACCUGUCCCUGGCCAGCACUGAGACCCCUCCUCCCCUCUACCUCCCACCCCUGCACCCCAGUCACCACCACCACCACCACCACCACCAUGCCAUGCAGAGGAUUGUGGACCCCCUGGCCCGGGGUCGUGCCUUCCGCGUGGCGGAGGAGAUAGACGGCCUCAGCGUGCCGCAGACCCCCAUCACGCCGGGCACGGCGUCCCUCUGCUCCUUCUCCAGCUCCCGCUCGGCCCUCAACCGGCUGCCACGCCGCCGGAAGCGGGAAUCCGUCGCCGUCAUGAGCCUGAAAGCCGCGGCAGCACUGAUGAAGGGUCGGACGUUAGGUGAGAGCACCACCGGGAGAAGUCGCAGACGCAGUUUCAUGCCUCCGAGUUUCUUUGAAGACGACACGGUGGAUUUCCCUGACGAUCUGGACACUUCCUUCUUCACCAGAGAGGGCCUGCCGGACGAGUUGUCCAGUUACGCUGACGAGGUUUUUGAGACGCCAUCAGAAGCUGCCCUGAAGCAGCUGGAUGAGCGCGAGCUCACAGGAAGUGCGCUGGAUAAGAGUGAGCUGGAGAGGAGUCACCUCAUGCUGCCUUUAGAGCGAGGGUGGCGGAAGGCGAAAGACGGCUCCUUGGUCCAACCGAAGGUGCGCCUCAAACAAGAGGUGGUGAGCGUCAACAACCACCAGCAGCGCGGGCAAAGAAUUGUGGUUCCCGUCAAGAAGCUGUUCGCCCGAGAGAAGCGGCCGUACGGGCUGGGCAUCGUGGGACGCCUCACCAACCGCACGUACCGCAAGCGCAUCGACAGCUACGUCAAGAGGCAGAUCGAAGACAUGGACGAUCACAGGCCUUUUUUCACCUACUGGAUCACAUGUGUCCAUCUGCUGAUUACCAUCCUGGCCGUCACCAUCUACGGCAUCGCCCCGGUGGGCUUCUCGCAGCACGAGACUGUGGACUCUGUGUUGAGGAACAAAGGAGUUUAUGAAAACGUUAAGUUUGUGCAACAGCAGAACUUCUGGGUCGGACCGAGUUCUGAGGCGCUGAUUCACCUCGGAGCCAAGUUUUCCCCCUGCAUGCGUCAAGACCAAGAGAUCCACCGACUGAUCCAGGAGAAGAGGGCGGGGGAGCGAGAGUCGGGCUGCUGUGUGAGGAACGACCGCUCCGGCUGCCUGCAGACGUUACAGGAGGAGUGUUCGAGUACUCUGGCAGUGUGGGUGAAAUGGCCUCAGCAUUCCAGUGCUCUUCCGUUAAAUGGGAACCUCCGUCAGCACGGUGCAGUCUGCCACCAGGACCCCAGAACUUGUUUGGAGCCGGCUUCAGUUUCACCCCACGAGUGGCCUGACGAUAUCACGCAGUGGCCCAUUUGUACGAGAUACAACUCUGGGAAUCACACCAACCUCCCUCACAUAGACUGCACCAUCACAGGCCGGCCCUGCUGCAUCGGCACCAAAGGACGGUGUGAAAUCACUUCCAGAGAGUAUUGUGACUUCAUGCAUGGUUACUUCCAUGAGGAGGCGACUCUGUGUUCACAGGUGGCCUGUAUGGAUGAUGUGUGUGGUUUACUCCCUUUCCUCAACCCGGAGAUCCCCGAUCAGUUCUCUCGCCUGUGGCUGUCUCUCUUCCUUCAUGCUGGGAUCCUGCACUGCAUGGUGUCAGUGCUGUUCCAGAUGACGGUGCUCAGAGAUCUGGAGAAACUGGCCGGCUGGCUGAGAAUCUCCAUCAUCUACAUGCUCAGUGGCAUCACUGGCAACCUGGCCUCUGCCAUCUUUCUGCCGUACAGAGCGGAGGUGGGUCCUGCCGGCAGUCAGUUCGGCAUCCUGGCCUGUCUGUUCGUGGAGCUGUUUCAGAGCUGGCAGAUCCUCGAGCGGCCGUGGCGAGCCUUCGCCAAGCUGCUGGCCAUCUCCGUCUUCUUCUUCUCCUUUGGUCUGCUUCCGUGGAUCGACAACUUUGCGCACAUUUGCGGCUUUGUGUCGGGAUUCUUUCUUUCCUUUGCCUUCCUCCCGUACAUCAGCUUCGGGCGUUCCGACAUGUACAGGAAGCGAGUCCAGAUCUGCGUCUUCCUGCUGGUUUUCCUGGGUCUGCUCUCGGCCCUGGCCGUUCUCUUCUACGUCUACCCCGUGAAAUGCGACUGGUGCGAGUACCUCACCUGCAUCCCCAUCACGGACAAGUUCUGCGAGAAGUACGAUCUGAACGCGCACAUCGUCUGAACGCGGUGGGACCGUUUGGACUAUGAGAACUGCUGGAACAACGAGCAGCGUUUCAGGAUUAUCAAUGAAGUCCAGAUGUUUUUUUUCUGAAAAGGUUAAACGGACCCCACUCGGAAUGAACACUGCAUGAGAGCAUUCGGGUCUGUGACUGAAACAAAACAAUGUAGCGUUAGCUGAAAAGAAGAAUGGACGAGCGUGUGACUGAUUUCUAGCUGGGCUAAUCAAUGAUCACACUUAUUAAAGGUGCUGUAGGCAGGAUUUUGCUAGUCAAUGCUAAUUUUUCUGUUUUCUUUGGAUUAAACGUUAGAGUAUCCAUUGAUAAUCCUUUAGGAGUGUAGCAUAAUUGCACUACCGCGAGGG